CAGUACAUUUGACAUGGCCAAACACAUAGUACAAAAAAGAGGAAAAUGAUCUUGUUCAUCUCGGCUCAUUUUUAUCGCCAAUUAGGCAUGUGCAGUGUUUUGAUGGUUGCGUCACUUUGUAUUGAUUUGCAGAAUUCCGGCACAUUCAAAUACAAUCGAAUGCAUCAUGCAAUAUCCAUCAUUAAUGUAGUCCGUAUUGCAAACUUGUAAAUCAGUUCAGCCCAUCAUUUCUAGCUUCUGCAAUCGUGUUGCCUACUAUCUUGGGAAUCUUUCCACAAUAAUAUUCAACAUCGAGAAUCUGAUUGCGGUAGCUUCUGUGGGGUAAGGAGUACAAAGAGUUUAAUUCGACCUUCUUAUCAUGUUACAUAGGAUGCGAUAAAAUCGCCAAGGCUCGUUAAUGCAGAUUUAGUCCUUGACAAUCCCCCUCUGAAGCGAUCAAGGCUCGUUCGAUCUUGUUCAAUUGAUCAAAAUGCAGGGCGAGGGCAAAAAACUCACCCAAAUCGUCGCAGCUCUCUCUGCAACCUUUGGCGCCCUGAGUCUCGGCUUGGCUCUUUCUUGGUCAUCCCCUGCAUUGCCCCACAUCGUGGAUUGCUUUCCAGAAGCUCAUGAAGAUGCCUAUUGUGACUUCAAUUUGAGCACCCAAGCGGGUAGCUGGAUUGGAGCCCUGCUCACCAUUGGGGCCUUGGUCUCCAGCUUCGUGACGGGGUUCCUGAUGUCCAAGAUUGGUCGGAAGUGGACCAUGAUUGGCAUGGCUAUUCCCUCUGUCAUUGGUUGGGCUUUGCUUACCAUGACACAACCCUUGGAAUGGGGUUAUGCAUGGAUCUUUUAUGUGGGACGAAUCCUUACAGGCUUUGGUGGAGGAGCGUUUUCAUUGGCAUCGCCCAUCUACAUCUCCGAAAUUGCUGAGCCUUCGAUUCGUGGAGCUCUAGGAUCUCUGAUGCAAUUGCAAGUCACAUUCGGAGUGUUUUGGAACAAUGGCUUGGGUGCAUUGAUUGCUUGGCCUAUUCUCACUGGAGUUUGUAUCAUUUUUCCGAUUAUCAUGGCGGUUUUAAUGUUCUUUAUGCCGGAAUCACCGUAUUUCCUGCUUCUGAAAGGAAAAAAUACGCAAGCAGCCAAAGCGCUCCAAUGGCUUCGAGGGAAAGAUUAUGACAUUGACACAGAACUGGAGGAGAUUAAGCAGUCCCAAAGAGAGCAAGAGAACAUUGGAUCCGUUUCCCCUUGGGAGAUCCUAACGACAGGGGUUUACUUGAAACCCACUAUGAUUAUGUUGGGUCUCAUGUUCUUUCAGCAGUUCUCCGGAAUCAACGGGGUCCUUUUCAAUCUCACUGACAUCUUCAUCAAGGCCAAUUCCGGCAUUGAGGCUGAAUUGGGUGCCACCAUUGUCGCUUUAGUUCAGUUCUUGGCUACAGGAAUCGCCGUCCUGAUUGUGGAGAGAUUUGGCCGAAAGACCUUGUUAAUCGUAUCAGAUGCUUUGAUGUGCAUUUCCAUCAUCGCUUUGGGUAUCUUCUUCUACUUCGAUGAAAACAAAAGCUGCGACAUAUCCAGCGAAGAUGUGACCAGCCAACCCAUAGAUUGUGACCCCAAUGGUUUUGACCCUGAUAUGGUGACCUCCUUGGGAUGGCUGCCAUUGGUCUCUCUCAUCGUGUACGUGUUUGCUUUCUCUAUUGGUUAUGGGCCCAUUCCUUGGAUGAUGAAUGGAGAGAUCUUCUCCCUGGAGGCUAAGGGUUUUGGCUCAUCUUUGGCCACAGCUUUUAAUUGGUUGUGCGCAUUUUUAGUCUCGAAAUUCACCGUUGAUAUUCAAGCUGGCAUCCAGCCUUCAGGGUCGUAUUUCAUGUACGGUGCCAUCUGUGCUAUUGGCACGGUCUUUGUGAUCUUCUUGGUGCCCGAAACAAAGGGAAAAAGCGCGGAUGAGAUGAAAGAAUAUUAUAUGGGCAACAAAAAAGCUCGAAAGUCCAUAGAUUCAAAGAUCAAUGACUCAUCUACCAUUGGUGCUUUUGGUCUGGGAGCGGGAAUGGCCUGGACUUCGCCCACUUUGCCGAAUUUGGUGAAUUGUUCCAAUCGAACUGAAGGUUGCACCUUCGAUCAAGAGUUUUCCAAAGAGGAGGGGAGCUGGAUUGGGUCCACCUACACGUUAGGUGCCAUGGUUUCGGCCAUUGUGACCGGAUUUCUAUUGGCUCGAAUAGGCCGCAAAUGGACUAUGCUCGGAAUGGCCAUCCCUUUCAUUCUUGGAUGGUUGUUAUUAUGCAUUUCUGUACCACUGACCUUAGACGAGGCCUAUUGGUUUUACAUUGGAAGAGCAUUAGCAGGAUUUGGCGGGGGUUCGUUCUCUUUGGCCGCUCCUAUCUACAUUUCCGAGAUCUCGGAAACUUCCAUCCGUGGUGCCCUAGGGAUAUUGUUCCAGCUCUUCGUGACCUCGGGCAAUGUGUUUGUCAAUGCUGUGGGCAGUGCAGUGUCAUGGGAAAUUGUCACUGGCAUUUGCAUUGUAUUUCCUGUGUCCAUGGCUAUUCUGAUGUUUUUCAUGCCGGAAACACCGUAUUUCUUACUCUCCAAGGGCAAAGUGGAGGCAGGCGAGAAAUCGUUGCAAUGGUUGAGGGGCAAGCAAUUUGAUAUUCACGAGGAAUUGGAAAAGCUGACGAGAUCGGUCGAAGAUCAAAAACUUCAGACCACCCUGGGCUUGGUUGAGAUUGUGGGCAAUAUGACAUACUUGAAGCCUCUGCUCAUCAUGUUGACGCUGCACUUUUUUCAACAAUUUUGCGGCAUCAACGUGAUCGUUUUCUAUUUGGCGGAUAUUUUCAUCGACGCAGGACUAAAUGUGGAUAACAGCUUAGCCGCAGCUGCUGUUGUCUCUUGCACACAGGUUAUUGCUACCGGAGCAGCCAUAUUUGUGGUUGAGCGUCUUGGACGCCGGGUGCUCUUGAUUUUCUCCAGUAUCGUGAUGGCCAUUGCCAUUUGCGCCUUGGGUGUCUACUUCCUCUUGAAAGAGAACAAUUGCGAUCAAGACAAUCCGAAUUGCCAAGAUGGGGCCAAUGAAAAUAUCCUGAACUCUCUUGGCUGGCUUCCAUUGGUGUCCCUUAUCAUCUACAAGUUUGCAUUUGCCGUGGGUUAUGGACCUCUACCGUGGAUGAUGAACGGAGAGUUUUUCGCCUUGGAGGCCAAGCCCAUUUCCUCCACGUGUUCCACGGUGUUCAACUGGCUGUGCGCAUUCCUCGUGUCAAAAUUCUCGGUUUUGGAUGAGGUCUCAUUUGACGGCAUUAUUCGCUAUGUCAAGUCCGGAAAGGUCAAGAAUAUCAUCACUAUGGCCGGAGCUGGCAUUUCCACGUCGGCUGGAAUCCCAGAUUUCCGAUCACCCGAAACCGGAUUGUACAAUAACCUACAGAAAUACGACUUGCCCAACCCACAGGCCAUCUUUGAUAUCGAAUACUUUGAAGAGAGACCCGAGCCGUUUUUCCAGUUGGCCAAAGAAUUAUAUCCGGGGCAGUUCGAGCCCACGCCCUGUCAUUAUUUUAUCAAAUUAUUGGAACAGAAAGGAUUACUAUUGAGACAUUACACCCAGAACAUCGACACUUUGGAACGGGUGGCCAAUAUCUCCGGGGACAAGUUAGUCGAAGCCCAUGGGACCUUUCACUCUAGUCACUGUAUUGAGCCUAAAUGUCGGAAGGAAUAUACCCAAGAAUGGAUGAAAGAGCAAAUUAUGAGAGAUGUCAUCCCAACUUGCAAGGAGUGCAAUAGUGUGGUCAAACCAGAUAUCGUAUUUUUCGGAGAGCAACUUCCGGACAGGUUUUUCACUUGUCUUGUCGAUGAUUUCAAAAUAUGUGACCUGCUAAUCAUCAUGGGCACAUCCCUCACAGUUCAACCAUUCGCGAAUCUCGUGGACAGGGUUUCCCUUACCACUCCCCGAUUGCUUAUAAAUCUAACCCGUCCACCAUUCAGCGGAUCAGAUUAUGUGUUGAGAGCUCUUGGCCGUGGUGGGUUGGAUUUGAGUGAGGAAUCCGGAUACCGAGAUGUAGCAAAGAUUGGAACUUGUGACCAAGGCUGUCAAGAUUUCGUUAAGGCCAUGGGUUGGGAGGACGAGUUUCAAGCGCUCUUGGUACAAUCGAACAGUGAAGCACCCUCAAAAACUUGAAAAUGUAUGAUGCGUCAAUAUAUACCUUAUUUUACACUUAAGCGUCGGUCGUGCUAAAAUAAAAUGCGAGGAUUCUUGAAAAUAUUUACGUUCA